GCCUACGGGCCCGCAUCGCCGCCUUCCAGCCGUUCCCGGAGUGCGCCGCCACCGUGGUGCAGUUGGAGGCGGAGGCGGCAGCCAUUGUGGAAGCAGAGCGGGCUGCCCGGCCGCUCGAGCGCAGGCUGCAGUCGGCGGUGGACUCCCUGCGCACGCGGUCCGCGGCGGCCCAGAAGGCGCGGCAGGCCGCCCUGGACGCGCAGGAGGUGGCCGAUCAGGCUGUCCAGGCUGCCGCGGCGAUGGAGGCCCAGGCGGUGCACGCCGAGGCCGAGGAGGCGGCCGCCCAGCAGGCGCUGGUGGCGGUGCAGGCCGAGGCCGCCGCUGGAGGAGCCGCUGCGCCCGCAGGCGGGCCCAGCGCGCCUGGGGGAGGGCUCGAUGCGGCCUUCGAGGCGAUGGCGGCCGCGGCGUCCCCCGCCGCACAGGCCGCGGUGGUCGCUCUGCUGGCGCAGCUUCGCGGGGUGUUGGCGGCGCCGCCAGGUGGCGCAGGGCUUGUUGGGCCUGCCGGUGGUGCGGUGGCGGCGGCAGGCCCAGGCGGCGAAUCAGGGCUGCACGGAGGCGCGGCGGCUGCGGCGCCGGCCGAUGCGCGCAUGCCUGCCGCCGAUGCUCCUGGGGAGGCCGGACCUCCGCCGGCUCCGCUCGGCAGCGGCAGGCGGCGCGCGGCCUCCGCAGGCGCGAGGGCUGCGCGAUGGUACUCCCCGCUCCGGGCGGGGUCCGAAGACGGCGACCGCUCCCGUUCCACGGACCGCGGAGGCUCCCCAGAGGCCCGCAUUCCGCUCUUCGCCCAGCCCGCGCACCUGCCGGGCGUGCAGGUGAGUGGUGCCGUGGAGGACCCGAAUAGCCCAAGUGCAAGCUGCGGAUGUGCCGCGGGGCUGCUGCUGGCCGCCGCCCGGGCCGCCACCCGCAUGAGGUUGCCGGGCGAGGCUCCCGGCAACCGCCCGGGCCGCGAUCGCACGAGUGCGAGCUGCGGAUGCGUCGCGGGGCUGCUGGCGCUGCUCCGGCCCCUCCGGGAUCCCAGGCUGCUGAGCCCUUGGAGGGGGGUCAGGGUCGGGGAGGCGCGGCGCCCUGGCCCAGGCCGCACGGUCAAGGUGCUCGUGGCCAAUGUGACUCGCUGGAGCGCGAGCUGGCGCGGCGCGCUGGCAGCGCAGGCCGUCGUGUGGUGCAUGCAGGAGGCCCGCAUUCCGAAGCUGGAGGCGGCGGCGGCGGCCGCUGCAGCGCGUGCCCGCGGGAUGCGGCUGCACCUGGGCCCAGAGCAGGAUGGCGAGCACCUCCUGGCUGCCGCACACGCGCCCGGCAGUUGUUCAGCCCGGGCCGAGGCCAUGUCGGGCCUCUCUGGCCGGCACCCGGGCCGCCUCCAGCACCUGGCACUUCACCUGGGAGGGAAUCGUGCCGUCCACCUCCUCAACGUCUAUGGGUACGCUGGAGGGCGGACCGACCGGGAGCGCAACGCCGACCUGAUCCUGGAGGGCCUCGAGUGGCUCCGGGGCCUAGGCGGGGCUCCCGCGCUGCUGGUAGGCGACCUGAAUUGCAACGUCGCCGAGUCGGGCCUGGAGGGCCUGCUGGGCAUGGCCGGGUGGCGGGACCUCCUGGCGGCGGCUGGCCCUACGUGCAUCCCCUCCGAUGGGGCCCCAUCGAGGCUGGACUACGUGCUGGCGAAUCCGGAGGCGUUGGGGCUCGUCGAGCGGGUCGGCAUCCGGUGGGACCUUGGGUUCGCCACCCACGCGGCCCUCUGGGUGGAGUUGCGCGCGUCGGCCCCGGAGCAGGCCCGGGAGGCCGCCGCCGCGGUGGUCGCUGGCUUCGGCACGCCCUUCCACGGCGCGCUGGGGCGGCACGACGUCGAGGCGGCAUGGCAGUCGCUCCGCUCGGCCAUGGUCGCGAUGUCCACGCUGAUGGCGCUGCGGCAGGCCGACGCCGACCAUGCGGUCUGGCGGGCGGCGCUGGCAGACCUGCGACCGGACGUGGAGCUCCCGGCCACCUUGCUGGAGCAUGCGGAGGCCGAAUGGCGUGCCGCCCAGGCGGCAGCGCGAUCCCAGCGCAGGCAGGAAUGGCGCCGCUGGGCCCAAGAGAGUUUGGCCAACGCGCAGGGCCGUCUCUAUCGAUGGAUCCGAGGCGGGUCGAUUCUCGAGGCAGAUUUGGUGCCCGACCCGGCGGCUGGCGCGGCGGCCGCAGCAGCCGGAAGCCGGAGCUGGCUCCUGGCGCUCCGUGGCGGCCCAGCGGCGCGCCUCCGCCACUUCGAAGGGCCGUGGCGCGCACUCUGGCAGCGGCAGUCGGCGCCGCCGCUGGGCGAGGAGUGGCUUCAGGCUUUGGAUGGCCUCCCAGCGUUCCCCGAGCGGGUGCCCUGGACGGCGGAGACGGUGUCCUCGCUGCUUCGCCGCAUGCCUCGGCGGAAGAAGCCGGGUCUAGACGGGUGGACCGUGAAGGAGCUUCGAUUGCUGCCUCCGGAGCUGCACGGGUGGAUCGCCGAGCUGUUCGAGGAGAUCGAGGCCUGCGGGAGCUGGCCUAGCGAGCUGGUGGAGCCGGAGGGCCUCCUGCUCCCGAAGCCCGGGGGUGGCGCAGACCCCAUGGACAGGCGCCCGAUAUGGCUCCUGCCCAUCUUGUACCGCCUGUGGGCGGCAGGCAGGGCCCGCCUGUUCGCUCGGUGGCGCCUGCGGUGGGCCGGCGAGGAG